GAAUUCAGUUUUAAACGGAUUUUCAACGAUAUUGGUCAUUCGGUCGCGAGUGUUUCACGUUGCAUAUUGGGUCAUGCAACAACAAAACGUGUCACUGUGUAGUAGAAGUUUAAUAUUUUCAUAGAUAUUAUUAGUUCGUAAUAAAAAGUAAACAUAAUUGAAAGUAAUCAAAAACGUGUAGUGAAUAUUUAGUGUGUAAACCACAAAUAAUUAGAAAUUGAAAUAAAAGCUAAAACACACACCAAAAAUCAAGUCACACAACAAGCGAGCGAGCGAGUGGGUGAAGACAAAACACGUACCUACAUGUGUAAAAGCUGCAAUAACAACACGGCAUAAAUUUAUAGGCGAAAAUCAGGUAUUUUACAAUUCCAAACAACGUUUCAUGCUCAAAACCAAGCCAGCGUACAAUAAAUGUGUAUGAUAAAUAGUCAGAGUGAGAGAGAGAAUGGAAAUGAAUGAAUUCGCUCACUGUGCCCUGUAAUAUUUGUAAGAAGUGAAAAAAGCAAGAAAAAAAGAAACAACAACUAACAAAAAGUGACCGCAAACCCAGCUAGUAAAAGUCUGCGCUACACAUAUGUACACAUAAACAUAUAAACGUAUGUGUAUAUAUAUACUUGUAUAUGUUUUCAUAUAAAGUGCACAGAAAAGUCCAUGCAUACAAACAUAUUUACAUGUUAAGUGUUUUUUGGUGUUGUUGUGCUUUGUUUUGUGCGCUAAAAAAUCAGUAGCUACAUAUGUGGUGUUGACAAAUGUAUGUAUGUUUAUACAACAACAAACACAUACAUACAUGUUUUACAACGCAACACGUUGUCUUUUCAUAUUUACAUAUGUAAAAUAAGAAAAUAUUUUUACUGAAAAUAUCAAUGACACGCGCAGCUCGCGAAACUUGCAAAAAAAAAAAUUAAAUCAAACUUUUUAACAAUUGGCAACACUGUGUAUUGUAAAAGUAAUUAAUGAAUUGCAUAAUUGUGAGAAAAGUGUGUAAAAAAAUAAAAUCGUAAUCAUUUUUAAAAUUUAUUAACAAGUGAAAAGCUUAUGCAUUUUAAGCUCAGCGCCUUGUUUUGCCAGCAACGCGGAUUGAAUUUUUCUUACUAUUGGAUAUAGUGGAGUUGCAAUUUUGUAUUUCAAUGCGCGUGAACGAAAGUUUCUUCGAAUUUAAAUAAAGUUAAUUUACAAAUAUAUGGGAGCGUCGAGCAUACUAUUUUGUAGUGAAAUUAAGGUACAACAAAAUUUUUUCGUGUCGUAAACAAACAGCUACCGAACACACACUAAUUGGCAUAUGGAGAUCAAACUAAACAAGAACAUAGAAAAUAGUUAUACCACUCUGGAAACAGGAAGAAAUCAAGCAAGCUUUUAAUAUUACUCAAACACGACAGCGACGCGGCAAUGCUGGUCAUGAAUGAACACAAAGUGCAAGUCAUAUGAGGUGUACUUUAUUAUUGCAAAACCUUUAUACUUUACAUACGCUAGCAAGCAGCUGAAAACUUGCUUCCUUCCUACACGUUACACGUAACUACUAGUCCUCCACUGCCGCACUAAACACACACAAAAAUGGUGCGCUUCGAGCCUUUAGGUCAGAAAAUGUUCACACGCCGCAAUUGGUUGCUCCGUUGCAGCAUAUUGAUCAAUAUUCUGGUCAUACUCUACAUAUGCAGCCAUGUUAUGAUUGGCAAUGGCACCGGCUUUAAUGGCAGCAACACAUUCUUCAUACAGGAACGCGGCGUGGAUACAGCGAAUAGCGCACAACUAAUAGGUGACAAAAUACAGCCGCCCCCGCCACCGCCACCUGCGUCUAACGAUCUUUCAUUAUCGCCACUAUCACCCAACGAUUCCGGUGGCGCUGCGGCGGCGGCGCCUGCUACAGCUGCUGCAGCGCCCACACAAAAUCAAGUCGGUAGCGCCGUGGCGGGGAAUAUUGGUGGCGUUGCUCCCAUAGUAGAAUCCGCUGUAUACACAAAUAAUACUGUAAAUGAUGGCGAUGCCGCAGUCGCUGAAGAAAAAGACCCAGAAGUACGGCUGGAAACGCUCUUAAAUUGUUACGAUCGCGACUUCAAGCCUGAGGUCUUGCAACGUGGCGAUUUCUGGGUACUCAAGAACUACGUACGCGCCGAUCAUGGUCCGCUCAAGUGCUCCGAAUCGAUCACUUAUACAACGCAUGCGGACUAUACAUUUUUAGAUAAUCUCAUACCGCUGCUGGAGCGUUGGAAUGCGCCCGUCAGCAUUGCGAUGCACACACCGGGCACUGACUAUCAACCGACCAUUGACGCCAUAAAGUACCUGCGUGAAUGCCUGCCAGAAAGUCCGUUGGUGCGCACUUUUACCACGUUUCAUCUUUACUUCAGCACGAAACAUAUACCCAAACAGGUGGCGAAGCAAUCAGAAGUGCUGAAGACGCCCUAUAAUUGCACGUUGCCGCCACCCUAUUUCAAUGUCAGUUCCGGCCAUUUAUAUAAGUCACAAAAGAAAUUAUUAUAUCCGGUGAAUGUGGGUCGUAAUAUUGCGCGCGAUGCUGCCUUAACACAUUUCAUAUUAGCCUCAGAUAUUGAAUUGUAUCCAAAUCCCGGCUUGGUGAAGAAGUUUCUCGAAAUGAUUGCGCGCAACGACGCGUAUCUGCAGCGCAAAGCGCCGAGAGUUUUUCCGCUCUCCAUCUUCGAGGUGGAGGCGAAUGCAACUGUGCCACGCGACAAAACGGAGUUGCAAGAAUAUUUGCGCACCGGCAAAGCGAUACCCUUCCAUAAGCGCGUCUGCGCCAGUUGUCAUGGUGUGCCACAGUCCAAGGAGUGGAUGGCCGCAAAUGAAACCGAUGAGCUGAGCGUUUUCCACAUAGGCAAGCGUACAGGCUAUUUCCGGCAUUGGGAGCCCAUCUAUAUUGGCACACAUGCCGAUCCGCACUACGACGAGCGACUGAGCUGGGAGGGCAAAAGUGAUAAGAUGACGCAGGGCUAUGCGCUCUGCGUUUUAGACUACGAGUUCCAUAUAUUGGACAAUGCCUUCCUCGUGCACAAACCCGGCAUUAAAGUGCUGCAAAAAGAUAAUCGUCGCGCCAUGUUGGCGGGCAAAACGAAUCAACUUAUACGUAAAAUUAUCUAUCCUGAAUUGAAGAUCAUGUAUGGUGUGCGUCAGGGCUGCGUUGUAUAGUAACUAAUAAAUUGGCAAAAAAGUUGAAAAACUUUUUUAAGCUAUAAUAAGCAUGGAAUUAAAAGACUACUACUACAAUUCAAAAUACUACUUUUUUAAGACGUGGCGCACUGCUGCAGCGAAACAUUAACGAUAUACUGUUGACGGAAGUGUAUAUGUAUGUAGAAUAUAUAUACCGUUAUAUUAAAUUAUUUGUCAGCAAAUGCAUAGUUGCAAUUAUGUCUAGUAAUUACUAACUAAUAGCGUCGAUUUGAGCCAACACGCACUGUAAAUGAUUUUAUAGUAGUUUGAUUUCAAUUUUUAUUUCGUUUCUUUAGUUUAAAUAUGCAAAGAAUAAUCUCAAAAAUAUUUUUGUAACGUAACUGUAGCUAUUAAUUAAAAAUUGUCACAAAACUAAAGUAUAUAAGCGCAUGAUAUUAUAGCAAAAAAAAUAUAUGUAAAGUGAAAGUUCGAAAAUAUAUUUUUUUGUGUGUAAAUUUAAAAAAAAAAAUUGUAAAAUUUGAAAGUUCGAAAAAAAAUUUUGUUCAACUUAUAAAGAAAAAUUAAAAUAUUGAAGUUCAAAAAAAUAUUUUGUUUAUGAGUAAAUUUUUUUUUUGAACAUUUGAACAUGAAAUUUUGUAAAAUUUGAACAUUCGAAAGAAUAUAUUUUUUAGGAAAAUAAUUGGGAAAAAGAUAUCGUAAAAUUUGCAAGCUCGAAAAUUUUAUUUUGUAAAAUGAUGCCGCUACAUACAUAUUUUUAAAAUAUGUUUGCGAAAAUAAGUGAUUUGAAGCAAAACAAAAAAAAAUCGAAAAUGCGUUCAAAAACAUUAGAUUAGUGAAAGAAACUUAGAUAUUUUUGUAUUGUUAAUUAAUUACUAGUAAGUUUAACGAAUAUAUACAGCAAAACAAAAAAAUACGCGUUGAAAUUAAAACGCGUAAUAGUCACACACAAAAGAAUUUGAAAAAUGUGAAGCAUACCUUUAAGCGCCAAAAAUUAAAUUUGUUAAACACUUAAAGUGUAUACAAAGCACACACACGCGCUUACAUAAUUAUCAAUAUGUAAAUGUACUUUCGUAUUUUCGUAAAAAUUUGUGUACAUUGUUGUGUUAAUUAAAAUAAGUCAAAAUUAAAUAUUUUUUUUAAUAAUUCUGAAUUUAGUACAUUUUAGCUCCUUCACUAAUACUUUCGGGUUUAAAAUGUUUAUUAAUGGGCUUCUUAUUUGUAGUGUAUAUAGCAAUUAAAAGCAAAAUAUUUUUAAAAUUAGUUUUUAAUUUUGCUUUUCAAUUACAUUUUUUUUUUUAAUUUUUAUUUCGCCUGUUAACGAUAACUUCUAUACGCCUUCAUUUUAAACAGAAAAUAAUUUGACUUGGUUUAAAAUCUCUUAAAAGUGCUGAAAUGCUAUGCCCACCAGCCGUCUUCGAUUCGCCUACUUUGCCCGACUCGUUCAAUUUGAACUACACAUUUGAAAGUAAAAAUAAAUACAUUUAAAAAUUUUGCUAAAUUGUAACACUUUUUAUACCAGUUGCUUGUUCGAUUCGCCAUUUUAUGUUCUGUUCUAUAUGUAUAUCACUUUUUAUUGGUACAACGGAGAGAUAAAUUAUAUCUGUUCUUUGUUCGCAUCAGCACUCUCAAUUUUUUUUUGUCGAAGCGCAGCCAAUUGAUGUUAAUGCUCAUUUAUACCAAAUCUUCGUUCGGAUCAGUACUCUCAAACUUUUUUGGGAAAACGUUGUUCACUAAUGUCAUGCUAAGGACUUGCUAUAAUAUAACUUUUAAAAUUUCUGAUUACCAGUUAUCCCAUCAUUUCACCACUAUCGAACUUUUUAGCAAACACAGCCAGCUGAGACCAUGUUAUACCACUUUUUGUUCACUUCCCCCCUCUCAAAUACCUCUUUGGCUAAUUGAAGCCAGAUGCUAUCUUAUGAAAGUAUAAUCGCUUGCCGAGUUAAUGCAGAUUUUAUACCAGUUUUUUGUUCGCUUCACCACGCUAACAUUUCAUUCAAGAUGAUAUAAUCGCUUGCCAUAGUGUAGCAAUUUUUAUACCAGUUUUUUGUGUAUAACUACUCGGUAAAUUAUACCAGUUUUUAUACCAUUUACUUCUUCGUAUCACCACUCUAAAUUUUGCUACAUCGAAGACGGCUGUUAUUAAAAAAAUGUAUUAAUCCAAUUUUUGUAAAAAUAUUAAUAUUUUGUAGCAAAUAGCACUUAAAGGAAACAUUUUAUUUACAUUUUGAAAAAAAAAAUCAUAAGUCAAAACUACAAAAAAAUGCAAUAAAAUAGACUUCCACCUAAUUUCCAUCAUAAAAACUCUUCACUAACUGCAACAAAUGUCUGCCAAUUUAUAUUUAAAUGCUUCAUUUUGUAAUUUUAUUUUUCUUAUAUUUAAAUUUAAUGCCGCAAUUACAUAAUUAUUUUAUUUAAAUAUAACAUUUAACUUUCAACAUUUUACUGCGUGAAUAAAUGUCUGAAAAAAAGUAAUAAAUUAUUAUAAUAGCCUUUUGUAAGCGUAAGAACCGUGAUAUUUGAACUCUAGUAAUUAAAAAAGUAAUUAAAAAGUGCAUAAAAAACAAUACAAAGUAAAUAAAUAAUUACAAAUACAUUCAAACUUUUUUUGCAAACACAUAGUCACUAAGUUGUAUUAAGCAAAACU